AUGGACUACCCAAGACCUUGUGGAUGUAAAGGAUGUCGAACUUGUUUGCUCUGUGAAAAGGAAUAUGGGAUAAAUAAGAAAGAUUUCAUGGCAAAGUAUCAGGAGCUAAAACCGUAUGUCUUUUGCUAUAAAUGCGAAAAACUUGUUCCCGGAUGGGAUGUUGAUGAGGUACUGAAAGAUCACGACAACCAUUCGAAUGGGUUAGAUUUCCCAGGGAUUUUUGUACUUCCGGACUUUAUAUCAGAGUCGGAAGAAAUUGGACUGAUGCGAGGAAUCGAUGGGAUGCCUUGGGAUAUUUCCCAGAGUGGAAGGAGGAAGCAAAACUUUGGCCCAAAGACAAAUUUCAAGAAGAUGAAGCUGCAAACUGGACAAUUUCGCGGAUUUCCGGCUUUUUCUCAGUUUGUCCAGGAGAGAUUCAACACAGUACCCCUUCUGAAAGCUUACCAAACCAUCGAACAGUGUUCGCUGGAGUAUGAUCCUCUCAGGGGAGCUUCUAUUGAUCCUCAUAUCGAUGACUGCUGGAUCUGGGGAGAAAGGGUCGUUACCGUGAACUGUUUAUCUGAUUCAGUCCUCACUCUGGCUCCAUACAACGGUGAUUCCAAGAGAUACAACAUUUUCCUCGUGGAUUCCUACCAAAAACACUUAAUCUCGCCCCUAGCUCAAUCCCAAUUUGAAGAUAUUCUCGUGAGGAUUCCCAUGCCCAGGAGAUCAUUGAUUGUCCUCUACGGAUCCCCAAGGUAUCAAUGGGAGCAUUCUGUGCUCCGGGAAGACAUCCAACAGCGUCGGGUUUGCAUCGCUUACAGAGAAUUUACACCAACUUAUCUGGAUGGAAGCAAUGAAUUGGCUGAGGAAGUCCUCAGGAGAGCUCGGCAAUUUUUCUCCACAGCAGAAGUUGAUUCAUUUUCCAGAUAAUUCCAGAUAAAAUGCAAUAAAUUUUAUUUAAAUGUAUACAACAAAUAAAAAAUAUUCUCGGAAU